AAAUGGCAACACUACUGAAAUGUAACAAUCAUCUGACCGAUCCCAGUAAUCUCUUCUGUGGUACAUAUUUAUUUACAAUUUAUUAUUUAGCUUUCUGGAAUAAUUUUGGUAAUAUCCGGUAUACGUGAAAAUGAAACUAGAUUCUAAUAACAAGAUGAUAAAUGGUGAGGGUGACACAGAAACGCCAGAGGAAGUGGUAGAUCCGCGCCAGAAUGCAGAGGAUCUUAUUGACGAGAUAUUAGCUGAAUUCACUGAGUCUCGAACACCUGAUCCCAGGUAUGCUGGAAUCCCUGAAAAUUUACUUAAUAUGAUACAGACCCCAAGACCAUCAGCAACUGCUUUUUCCAUCAAUCAACCUCCAAAUACGCGAACUCCAGCAAAUUCUUUCUCAGAGAAUGCUACACUGGAUGAUAUUGAUCCAUCGUCAGAUCUUGGAACCUCCAUUCGAAACAAAUGUAUGGAACUUGAGGAGAUCCUACAAAGCCUUAAAUCCCGAUUAAAUCAUGUUGUUCUUGAUGAAAAUAUAAUUCUCAGUCCAGAUGCAAAUUCUAUGGAGGCAGAGCUUGAGCAUGAUUUAGACACUGAUUGUCAAGAGGAUUUGUCUCUUCAAGAAUUUCUUGAAAUUCUCCAUUCCCAAAACAAAGUGGCACACAGUAGUGUAUAAUAAUUCUUUCUAUAUAAUAGUGAAGUUGUGAAUUAAUUAUUAUAAAAUAAUUGUAACUAUUGUAUAAAAUUAAUUAAAUCUUCA